AUGUCGGAAAACGAAACUACUCCAACCACCACCACCACCGAAACUACUCCAGAGGUCAAAACCGAAACAACUCCAGUCGAAGAGAAGAAAGAGACCACCAGCAUCUUUGGAAGUGCAUUCACCGGUAGUGCUAGCAACACCACCACCGAAUCUUCCUCUGAACCAAAGGAAGAGAAUGCACCAGAUCACGAACCAAAUGUAGAAUUCACUCCAAAACUCAACCUCACCAAACAAGAAACAAAGACAAACGAAGAAGAUGAAGAAGUUCUUUUCGAAAUGAGAGCAAAAUUAUUCAGAUUUGUAACUGAUCCACAACCACAAUGGAAUGAACGUGGUGUUGGUGUUGUCAAACUCUUGAAGCACAAAGAGACCAAGAAGAUUAGAGUCAGUAUGAGAAGAGAAAAGGUAUUGAAAGUUUGUUUAAAUCACUACGUUUCACCAUACUUGAAGUUGGAAGCAAACAUGGGUAGCGAUAAGUCAUGGGUUUGGAAGUGUCCAAAGGACUACUCCGACGAGGAACACCCAGACGGUGUCGAAGAAACUUUUGCCAUCCGUUUCGGUUCAGCAGAGAAUGCCAACGCAUUCAAAGAUCAAUUUGAAGCAGCUCAAAAGGAAAUGAAAGAGUUGUACAACAUCAAAGAUUAA